AUAGAAUGUUUAGAACAGGUGUUGAACAGCGUGUUACAAAUGGGAUUCCCCUGGGGGAUUCCCCGUAGCUUGGAGCAUGCGUCGUAUAUAAUAGUUUCCCUUUCCAAUUCUUACAUGCACGUACGUUACUGUUCAAACUAGACCGUUGCCUAGAAGUUGGCGCUGUAACUCGUAGACUUCCAACUCUUCAAAGAAGGAUCAUUUUGGAGUUGAUAAUCGGAUUGUGGCCUAAAAGACUGCAGUUAACAACAGCUUUCAACGAGUUCACACGGUGAGUUGUUACAACUACAUGCAAGUCACUUCCGGGUUGAACUGCGCAGUACAAAAUGGGAGGACAGCUACGGAGUUCGCCAAGCUUUGUGUGGAGACUGAGCGAUCCCCUGGGUGUAGGAGCCACCUCUACUGUGUAUAAAGGCGUGGAGAAGACAACUGGUCGACCAUGUGCAGUCAAAUGUUUCAACAGCAUCAGUUACGGCCGACCAUUGGAAGUACAACAGAGGGAAUUCGAAGUUCUCAGGAAACUAAAACACAGAAACAUCGUACAGCUCAUUGCAAUAGAGGAAGAGAGUUCUUCCCGAGUACGAGUGAUUGUGACGGAGUUCUGUGGGGAGGGAAGUCUGUACACACUUCUGUCUCAGCCGGAAAACUCCAGAGGUUUACCGGAACCAGACUUCCUGACAUUCCUAUUCGACAUUUCGGAUGCAAUGAAGUACCUCCGCGCUAACGGUUUCGUCCACCGUGAUCUGAAACCCGGGAACAUCCUGAAGACAGUGGACGAGACGGGCAGAACGGUUUUCAAACUUACCGACUUCGGCGCGGCGAGGCCGCUACAGGAUGAUGAGAUGUUCAGGACGCUGUGUGGAACGGAGGAGUUUCUGCAUCCGGAGAUAUUUGCUCGUGCGGUCCUACAGAAGAACAAGGGCCAGUCCUUCCGAGCCACGGCGGACCUGUGGAGCAUCGGCGUCACCAUCUACCAAGUAGCGACGGGACGGCUGCCUUUCCAACCGUACGGGGGGCCAAGGAGGGACCGGGAAACGAUGUUUAAGAUUGCUACAAAGAAAGGAAAAGGAGUGAUAUCCGGAGUACAGACGGAGAAGAAUGGACACAUAAUCUGGAGUAGACAACUUCCAAACACAUGCGAAUUGUCAGGGUCAUUGAAAGCAUUACUCACACCUAUACUGGUCAGACUUCUGGAGAGUGACCCGUCCAGAGAGUGGACCUACGAUGGCUACUUCUCAGCCGUGGAGGACAUACGGACCAGCAAGGUGGUGAGCGUCUUCAUGUUCCGUACAGGGCGGGUGGAGAAACUCUUCAUGCACGGAGAGAGCACGCUAGCAGAAUUUCAAGAAGACAUAGCUUCUAAGACGGAUGUGAGAGCUUCAGAGCAACAGUUCUUCUUAAAGGGUAGACCCUUCAACCCUGACCCGCUGCAAACUUUAUCAUCAUGGACUCACACAGACGACCAGGAGCCUCUCGUUCUGGUUACAUCUAUGGACGAUAACUCCAGAGCAUACACUGUUCCAAGUGUCGGAGAAAUCCCGGAGUUUCCAUACAGACCAUCACUUCAGGAAGAUGCGGAAACUGCAAAGGAAAUCAUGUUCGUCGUUCACAAAAUAAGACGAGCAUCUUGUCAGUUGAAGGAUGUCAUGUUGUUGCGCUGGACGGCGGUGGAAUGCGUUGUACACUCGCUACGUGCGGACUUUGAAAGCCUCAUGAGUCAAGUGAACGGCCUGCGCUUCUUAAAGUCUGCCUUAGACGCCGCCUCAAGGACCGUCUGUCAUCUGCAAGAUGUGUCCUGCAACGGUCCUCCAGACGGUCAUGGAAGCAGCGAUGAAAGAUCCCCUGUGGGUCACCCCGCCACAUCACCACCCGUUCACACCAGUGCUCAAUUUACACAGCUAGAGAAGGAGUACGACGACAUGAUGGCCAUCAUGCUGUUACUUGAAGGCCGUCUAGAAGGUGACGAAGCUUUCAGACUUCCCCUCCCGAGCGCCGAUACGCUGUCUGACCUACAGACGACCUUGUCUAGGAUACAACACAUUGAAGAAGAAAUCUCCAAGAUCCAUCAAGAAUUCCAACGCCAAAGGAAAGAAGCCAGACUGGCCUAUCACGACGACAAAAUCCAUAGUCUGGCAAGGGAAAGAAUUCGGGUGGAGGCUGAGAAAGCCCGCUCUGUUUAUCUGAAGGAGUGUUCGUCAAUAUUCCAGCAAGCAUGGACGAAAACAUCCGCCAUCAUGAAGAGGUGUGUAGAGUACCAGGCCGAGAUCAAAGAGGCACUUCGACUCGUUGAUGUGUGGAUCAGUCAAGCAACCUCAUGUCUGGAUGAGCUGAAGAAGCAAGCCGAUAUCUGUGGAUCCACACGCGCCGCUGAUGAGGAGGAAAAUGACAAACAGAGAAGGAAACACUUGGAAGAUAAGAAAGCUCUUCAGCAACGGAUGCAAGAGUUAGCGAGGAGCCAGAAGGAAAUAAAGCUGGAAGCAGAAGUCAGCAAGUCUCUCCUGGAUAGUCUGAAGACCAUCAUAGACAGUGACGAUGUUGAGCUGAGCUCCAGCCUGAAGCUCGAGGAAAACUGGGAACAGACAAACAUUUCCUACCCUCCCUCCUGGACAAGUUCACAAAGUUCAGGUUCAGUGUCAAAGGGCAGUAUGGACCCUGAUACUUAG